UGGAAAGAACUGCGGCAUUACAACGGGUUGCAAUUUAGCAUUUGAUAGACGUUGAAGCUUGAACCUUGAACCCUUUUUUUUUCUUAAUCAUCGUCGAAAAUAACUCUUCACUAACUUUCUACCUUUCUCUACCUCUCUACGUACCUAUAUUCGUACACUCGGGCUCUUUAUCUAUCGGAAACUUCUCUACAGUUUCCUAUAGGUCAAUUGCUGCAGGAUGCAAGCUUUCUCGAGACAUCUGCGGCCAGGCGCUGCCAUCUUGCGCCAGCUCUCCCGACGAGCCUACAGUUCUACGACCUCCCCUUAUUCCCAGACGAUCGAAAACCUGCGCAUUAACGGAGACACCAAGGUUAUCUUCCAAGGAUUUACCGGAAAGCAGGGAACCUUCCAUGCCCAGCAAGCUAUCGAAUAUGGGACUAAGGUCGUUGGAGGCACAAACCCCAAGAAAGCCGGCCAGGAACAUCUUGGUCUUCCUGUCUUCGCCAAUGUUGGUGAGGCCGUAAAGGAGACUGGCGCAACCGCCACUGCCAUAUUUGUGCCUCCUCCUCUAGCUGCCGCUGGUAUCGAGGAGGCUGUCUCUGCCGAAAUCCCUCUCGUCGUUUGUAUCACUGAGGGCAUCCCCCAGCAUGAUAUGGUCCGCAUCACCGAUAUCCUCAAGUCGCAGUCCAAGACUCGUCUCGUCGGCCCCAAUUGCCCUGGUAUCAUUGCUCCAGGCCAGUGCAAGAUCGGCAUCAUGCCCGGCUUUAUUCACAAGCGUGGUCGUAUCGGUAUCGUCUCCCGCUCCGGCACCUUGACUUACGAAGCUGUCAACCAGACCACCCAGGCUGGCCUUGGUCAAUCUCUUGUUGUUGGCAUUGGUGGUGAUCCCUUCAGCGGGACGAACUUCAUCGACUGCCUCAAAGUCUUCUUGAAGGAUGAGGAGACGGAUGGUAUCAUUAUGAUUGGAGAAAUUGGUGGUUCAGCCGAAGAGGAUGCCGCAGAUUUCCUCAAGGCGAACAAUAUCGUCGACGGUGGUAAGCCUGUUGUCAGCUUCAUCGCCGGCAUCAGCGCUCCUCCAGGACGACGAAUGGGUCACGCCGGUGCCAUUGUAUCAGGUGGCAAGGGCGGAGCAGACUCUAAGAUCAAAGCUCUAGAGGCAGCUGGUGUAGUAGUAGAACGCUCCCCUGCCGCCUUAGGGCGCGCAAUGAGGGAGGCUUUCGUCAAGCGGGAUCUUUUAUAAGAAGCUUGUCUCAUACAUAAAUGUAGAAAGGGCGGGUCACUAGAUACGGUAUAGGCCUCGACGAGCCUCAUGUGUUGUGGAUCGCCAAAGUCCAGGGGUAUUAAAUACCGUUCCCGAACGGGGGAUAGAUAUCGAAGCAUGUGUGGUGGUUGGUAAGCUGGACUGCAUUUAUUGCCAGGAGAACAUCCUGAGUGUGUUUUACUUAACUCUGAUAGAUGGAGGGGCGGAUGGCGAAUAAUGCAUUGUAUUUUUGUUGUGUCUGUCCCCCUAUCAUCCUUAUAUAUAUCAUGAAGCCUCAAUACCCCUGAGUGUUUUAC